AUGUCGGAAAUUCUCAUUUCCCUCGCUAAGCGAGUGUAUGUCGAGGUUACGGCCUCGACAACCACUGCUGAGCAGAAUGAAAUGAAACGAGACUCUUUCCGUAAGGCUGCUAAAUACGGAUAUGGCUUCAUCUACUUUGCAAUUUUGCUGUUGGUCAUUGCUACGCUCAUCCGACUCUACCACGGCUACAGCGACAAGGUACGGAUUAUUUUGCACAGGGAGAACAAUCCUCGAACAUUCUAUGGCACCUCGACGCCGGACGAAUAUGAACUUCCCAGUGCCGGCACCGAUGCCUCAAGCAUGAACUUCUUCCCGACAACGGCAUCAAAUCCGGCUCCUAGACGUGAAUCUCUUCUUCAGAAAGUCAUUCGCUUGAAUAAGUUGAUCGCGUUCUUCCGAUGGAUCUUUUAUCGCCCUAUUCCUACUCUUAGCAUUCUGGGUAUGGAACUUGUGUUCCCAUCCUUGGCAGUGGUAGGCAUAGUAUCAGUCACCUUCAUCUUCGUUACUCUAUAUUGCUUCGUCCCACGACCCUUGUACUAUUGGUACAUUGCUUUGGGAUCACCACCGCUUGCGGUUCGCGCAGGUAUGCUAGCCGUCGCCAUGAUUCCAUGGAUUGUUGCACUAGCAACAAAAGCCAAUUUCAUCACAAUGAUGACUGGAGUAGGCCAUGAGCGGCUGAAUGGGUUGCAUCGCUGGCUCUCUUACAUCUGUCUUUUUCUCUGUAUUGUCCACGUGGUACCAUUCUAUGUCACACCGAUCUGGACGGGUGAUGCCUUGAUCAACUACCGAAACUGGAUUCAAACAGGUAUCUACUAUUAUGGAAAUGGAUGGGCAGCAUUUGUACCACUGAUUGUUCUCUGUGUUCAUUCGCUUCCUAUCCUUCGGCAUCGGAUGUAUGAGCUUUUUAUCUUCAUCCAUAUUCCUGUUUCCUGGAUCUUCGUGGCAAUGAUGUUCUGGCAUAGCAAAAAUUAUCUCAAGUCGUGGGCUUAUCUUUGGACGACGGUUGCGAUCUGGGUCUCAACAUAUCUUAUCCGCCUGUUCUACCUGAACUGGUCGAAUCCCUUCCGGCCAUCGUCAUUCAUGAUCGGAGAAGAAUCCGCCAUCACACUGCUCCCGCAAAAUGCUAUCAAAGUGACCAUCCCCACAAAAAUGCGCUGGAGAGCUGGUCAGUAUGUCUACCUGCGCAUGCCCAGCAUUGGCUUCAUGGAGAGCCAUCCUUUCACAAUUGCUUCGCUCUGCAGCGACGACUUUCCAUCUGCGUAUGGUGAGAAGUACCGCGAUAUGACACUGGUUUUCCGACCAUUUGAAGGUUUCACCCGUAAUGUUCUGAAAAAGGCAUUAGAAUAUGGUCCAUUCAAAACAUAUACCGCUUAUCUGGAGGGACCUUAUGGCGGCAUGCAACGCAACAUGGCCGCAUUCGACGAUAUAGUCUUUUUCGCCGGUGGAAGUGGCAUCACCGCGAUUGCCAGCCAGCUUCUGGACCUCAUCAAACGGAUACGGGAUGGCAAAGCGGUCACAAAGUCGAUCAAGGUUGUGUGGGCAUUAAGAUCUGCCGAGACCAUGGCGUGGUUCUCAGAGGAACUCCGAAUCUGUCGUGAUAGUGCACCAGCGAAUCUUGUGCAUUGCCAUUUCUUCCUCACGGGUAUGCAGCUAGCUGAUCAAGCUGGUCGAGACUUGAUUCAGGAGAAGAUCUACGGUAUGCUCCAAGGCAUUGAUAAACGAAAUUCGGCAUAUAUUCGGGAAGAAGCUGCUGGUGAUGCAGAGCGUGAGAAGGAGCUACGCCGGGAGAACGAAGAUGGCCUUGCUGCCCUCCCAGGCGCAUAUACUGCGAACCAUGUUCCCACUUCUCGGCAUUAUAUUCCACCGGUGAACAUACUGGGAUCGCCUGGAGGCAGUAGUCCUGGCUUCGAUUUUGGGUUUGGAAAUUCAACGCCUGUGUCCCAGAAACAACCUACGCCGCGAUACGCAUCUUUCCAGCCUUCCCUGCGAAGAGACAACUGGAAGACAGACUAUUUCCGACCUGAUGUUUCAAAGCUACUAAUCGAGUACUCUAGAAGCUUUGGUCGUCGUGCUUGUAUCUUUGUCUGUGGCCCACCGAGUCUACGUGUUGAGCUGUCGAAUACUGUGGCCAAGCUGCAACUGCAGGUGUUGAUGGAUAGUUCUAAGGAUGAGAUCUUUCUGCAUGCGGAGAACUAUAACCACUAG